CCCCACUUCAGUCAAUCACGUGUCCGUGCUGCGUUCUACACGAUGAAUAUUCAUGAGCGUGCUGUUGCGCCACGUCAUCAGUAAUGGCCGCUUCCUGAUGACUGCGCUAAGUGCUGGAGAUUUUAGCUCACUAAAAUGGUGCUGACAGAGAACAACUUUAUUUUUAGAUUAAAAGGGGUUUUGGAGCUUUUCUGCCAGCUUGACCGCUCCAAUGGAGCCCACGAACAGAGCUCCGUCUCUAAGGCCUUCAAGGAUCUCAACGCCAGAAUAUCAUCAGAGAGUCUGGUGUUUAUGGUGUGUAACAGCCCUGUUCUACUGUGGCCUAACAAGGCUUUUCACUCCACACUGGAGAGCGUGAGGGAGGAAACGCCAUGCAAAGAUGUCCAACAGCAUGUAGAGCUGGAAGAUGGACCGAAUAGGAAGUCCUCAAAAAGACGGGAUAAAAAAGACACCGGUCCUAUCGUGGUGAACCUGAAGCUGUUGAUGGAGAUCAGCGAGUCUGGAAACAGCGGUGCACUUAGUCUUUGUAGAGUGGCGAACAAGCAGCAGUGCAUCACGAUGCCUCUCUGCAUUGACUGCGUGAUCGGCGCAGACGGCAAUGACACUCUCGGAUCUGUUUGCUCAGGCCUGGUGGAGGCGCUGCAUGCUCAGCUCUCAGACAUGGAGCAAACGGUGCUCAGAUACAGGAAGGACAAAACUCUGCCUGUACCUCAUCCUUUUCACUUUCAGCUGCCGGAGUCUAUCCGCCUGCUCACUGUUAUUUAUCCUGCAGGAGUUACGGACGAUCAGCUGCAGUCUGUCAGAGAGGAGCUGCACAGGGAGCACGACUUGCCCAGUGACCGGCCGUAUUUCCGGCGAGCCAACGCCUUCCACUUCCCGGGUGAGGUUUAUAAAGAUGGCUACCUGCGGAAUCCUCACACAAACCUCGCCACACCCAGCAUAGAGGACGCCAAGCUGUAUAUAGUGCGAGGAGUAUACAGUUAUCACCACUACAUGCAGGACCGGGUGAAUGAUAACGGGUGGGGCUGCGCCUACCGCUCACUGCAGACCAUCUGCUCCUGGUUCCAGCAGCAGGGCUACACUGAGAGAAGCAUCCCCACACACAAGCAGAUACAACAGGCUCUGGUGGACAUGGGCGAUAAGGAACCUUCCUUUGUUGGUUCUCGUCAGUGGAUCGGCUCCAUCGAGGUGCAGGCUGUUCUUAACCAGCUGCUGGGAGUCAACUCGAAGAUCCUGUUUGUCAGCCAUGGAUCCGAGCUGGCUUCCAAAGGCCGAGAGCUGGCCAAUCACUUUCAGACUGAGGGCACACCUGUAAUGAUCGGAGGGGGCGUCUUGGCACACACUAUCCUCGGCGUGGCCUGGAGCGAGACCAGCGGGCAGAUCCGCUUCCUCAUCCUGGACCCACACUACACAGGAGGGGAGGACCUACAGACCAUCACUGAUAAGGGAUGGUGUGGAUGGAAGGGACCUGAAUUCUGGGACCAGAACGCCUACUACAACCUCUGCCUUCCACAAACACCUAAAAUCAUCUGAGAAAUACAACAGACACAGCGUUAAUCUGACAAGGGCACUUAUAUUCAUGUUCAUAUAAACACAGAAGAAGCAGUUUCUCCAUUUUUUUUUCUUGCUGUCUGUUCUUCUGUAUCAGAACCCUCAGUAUUCAGAACUGUAACAUGCGACUGGUGAUUUCUUCUCAGCUGUAAUAAAGUGAUGUACUAAGACAAAGUUCUACACAUAGCUUUGAAAAAAAUGAGCUAGACGUCAUAACGCUUAUGUUUUGUGCUCUAAUUGUCAAGAAAAAAUAUUUGAAUUGGUGAAACCACAGGCACCGGAUUCUUCUUUUAACCUCACCAGUAAACAGCCAGCUUCUUUGGCAAUGAAUGUU